CAAAAUGCUCGCAUCAUGGCAGUAGCUACCCACAGUAGGUGUAUCCGGUUUAGUGAACUCUAAAGUACAGAGAGAAAGAUAUUAAUUGUUCCCUCUCCCAUAUUCUUUCUACCCCUCUGACCACCAUAUCCAUCGUCUCGUACUCCCCCCCCUUCGUCGCAUACUCCAAGAAGAAUCACCAACACCAUGACUUCUCGUCUUGCCUACACCACUCGCUCGGCGCGCAGCCUCUUCACCACCGCCAGACACGGCAUUGUCUACCCUACCCGCUUCUUCCAGACAGCAUCGACACAGUACAGAUCUGGUCUGAAGGAAUCGUCCCAACACGACCCCGAAUACACCGAGGAGCUCAAGUCUGAUUCCCUCAGGAAACAGAAGGAGGGCAAGGGACAGUGGAACGCCGAGCUCGCGUCCGACAGCGAGGAGGCCGUCCGGGCGGACCGCGACCCGACCGACCCCCGCACGAUGCAGCAGCGGUCGAAGAAGAAGGCCGAGGAUACGGCCAAGGAGGGAACUAAUGCGAUCCACAAGCC